AUGCCACCUUCAUUCACCUCAAUGAUCAUUGCAUCGCCUGAGGUUUCUCCAGAUAACUCGCCUGUUCUAACAAAUUUGGCCACUGAAUCGACUGACCCUUUGCAUAUUCCUACAACUUUGGCCCCGCUCUCUCCAACCCACCCGUCAUUUAUUCCAGGCAGAAUCUCAUCACCGUUGUCCAUUUCAACAACUCCAACAACAAUCGACUCUAGAAAUAGCCCACAACCUCAGCUGCAACCUCAGCUGCAACCUGCAUUUGUUGAACCACAAGAAACUUUAAAACACCCUCCUUCAACUUUUGCUCUAACCGCUGCAAUCACAGCUUUAGCCACUACUACUACUACUACUACUACUACUACUACUACUACUACUCCACCACCAACCCUAUCCUUGCCUCUUCCUUCCAAAGUAACUCCUCCUCCUAUAUUGUCGCGUGCUCAUUCUACGCCAUCUGUAAGGCGGCCUAUCCCUCUUAAUGCAACUGCUGCAGUGGCUGCAAACAUUGCCGCUACAGGAUUCCCUCACUCGGGGCUCAUGUCCCCCACAUCGUCAUCACCUUCACCAUCAAUCACACGUCACACGUCAACUUCGUCUCGACAUAAGAACCGGUCCUCCUCUAUUUCCAGGCAUGCGUCAACGUCCUCUCGUAGAGGAACAUCACCAAUAUCUGGACUGCUUAGAUCCUCAAGCCAGAGACCUAACCGUGUCCACACAGACCCCAUUACUGUGAUGGACUCGUGUCGUCCAACAACAAUCAAGAGAACAUUAAAAAAUAGCCUGACUUUCCCAUUGGACCCAUUGACGUCAUCAUCAACAGAAUCCCUAGACUCUCGCAAAUCGUCCCUAGGGUCGCUGUUGGGCUCACCUACCUCUCCAAUUACAUUGUUCACGCCUGUGGAAGAGGGUGGCAGGUCAAUUGUACUACACCAACCUCAGGGAGGCCUUCACCCAUGUCAGGAAAUUACAAUUUCGGCAAGGUUGUAUGAGGGAAUUACAAUGUAUCGAGUAACACACAAAAAAGUUAAACCACGAACCAUCAAGUUGCAUCCGCGUGGAACAACUUUUGUGAUUUCAUGGGAGGACGACAAGGAAUCUUCGACUUUUGACCUUGAUGAUAUCACAGGAAUUAGAUUGGGCCAUAUGGCCAAGUAUUACCAGAACGAGUUGUGUAAGAAAAAAUCACAACCAGAAGAUUAUAACAAGUGGAUCACAAUUGUCUACUCUCCAUCAUUAAAUGCUCCUGGAUAUAAAGACAAUAAGAUUGUAAGAGAGUUGCAUGUUGUUGCUGAGAACCAGAGAGACUUUGAGUUAUUUUCAAGAACCAUUAUUAAUUUGUGUGCAUUUCGGCAGCAUGCAGAUUCAAUUUUAGAUUUGGAUCCCAGUGUCAUUGAAUCAGAGUGGAGCCAAUUGCAAAUUCUAGAGUUACCUAGUGACAAGGUAGAUGAAUUAUUGUUAAAGCACAAUAUUCAUUGUUCGAAAAGUUUCCUGGACAGAAAGAAGCGCGAGGCUAAUGGAAUGAAGCAAACUUUUUCUUCAAAGGAGUUUGUCAAACUUCUUGAUUUGUUAAAUGAGCGGCCUGAAAUUAACCGAGUAUGGGAGGCUCAUAAAGAUACUGAAAAUGGAAUGACAUUCCAAGCAUUUGUUGAGUUUUGUCGAAAUUCCCAAGGAAUGGAAGUUACUUUGGAGGACUUUGAAAAAUACGAGGCAAAUGGAGUGUUGAAUGCACGAGGGUUAUUACGAUUUUUAGAGUCGUUACCAUUGGUUGACCCGCCCAAGCAGGACUUGACGCGUGGGAUCCACAAUUAUUUUAUUUCAUCGUCGCACAACACUUACUUGCCAGGGUGGCAGGUAAUGUCUUAUUCGUCGCCAGAGCCAUAUGUGCGGGGGUUGCUGGACAAAUGUCGGUGUGUUGAGAUUGAUGUUUGGGAUGGAGUCACUGGUCCGAUAGUAACACAUGGUCGUACAUGGACUUCAGCUGUUGAAUUUUCAUCUGUUGUUCAUGCAAUCAAUGAGUUUGCAUUUGUUGAGUCACGGUUGCCUGUGAUUUUAUCAUUUGAGAUUCAUUGUAGUGGAGAGAACCAGGUGAAGAUGGUUAAGAUUAUGAAGGAUGUUUUUGGAGAUAAGUUAGUGACUCGAGUUGGUGGAGGAGGAGGAGGAGGAGGAACUGUACAAGGCUCUGAGAGCCAGGAGAUACAAAUGCCACAUUCCUAUUAUCGUCCUGCGCCUGAGGAUCUGCUUGAUAAAAUCUUGGUUAAAGUAAAAGCAGCUUCUGGGGCUAAUCAACGUAAAUGGAGUGUUGGGCAGAAUUUUGGGCAAGAAAUUAGUGGUGGGGCUAGUAUUGUUAGUAAUACAGUUGAUAGCGAUUCUAGUGGAGAUGAAAAGGGGACAAGUACUACAACGGCAACAUUUACAGUAACAACAGCAACAACAACAACAUCAUCAUCAGCAUCAACAUCAACAACAAUUUCAGGACCGAAAAAAAAGGAAGUGAAGAGCAAGAUUACACCUGAGCUUGGGAGUCUUGGUGUUUAUUUUCAAGGAGUCAAGUUUAGAGGCUUCAACACUGCGGAGACUAAGAUGGUAUCACAUAUUUUUUCAUUUAAUGACGCCAAAGUCAAUGCCAUUAUUUUGAACAAGGACAAUGCUAAUGGGGCAGGUCGUGAGGAGGGUCUAUUUAUUAACCACAAUAAGGGAUUUUUUUCUCGGGUGUAUCCACAUAAUUUGCGGAUUAGUAGCAGCAACUAUGAUCCUAUUCCAUAUUGGCGACGGGGGGUACAGAUGGUAGCAUUGAAUUGGCAAAAUUGUGAUACUUCGAAGCAGUUGAAUGAUGCUAUGUUUGAGGGCACGGAUGGGUUUGUUUUGAAACCUGAGUGUGAGCAAACUCGGCAGCAAAAACGACGACGACGAGUAGUUGUUGAAGUUUUGUCAUUGAGACAUUUACCUCGGCCGCCAUUUAUUGAGAAGAAGCUAUCAGUUGAUGGGGGGAAUAAUGGAGGAGGAGGAAUUGAAAGGGAAGUUGGUGAUGAUGAAAAGUUAGGGUUGAAUGAUAUGAUGAUGACGACUAAUGGGAUUGUUGUUUCUUUAGAGUUGUUUGGGACAGUUGAGCAACAGAAUUAUUUACCUAAAGAGAGUAAGGGAGAAGGAUUAAGAAAGGUAUUGAUGGGGAGUAGCCGAACUGGAGCCAAGUGUGAUCCUGAGAAGAUUUCACGAGCAGAUCCAGUUUGGUAUAGCAAGCCUAUUCGGAACAAUACGUUUAAUGCUGAGUGGGGGGAUAAAGACCGGUGGGUUGUUUUAGGUAUUGCUGGUAAUUCUAAUGAAGAGGAAGUAGGGCGACGGGUGAGUGUUCAGCAUAAGAGUGGGCUUCUUUUAGAGGGCAAUAGAUGGACAAGUUCUGUUAUUAGUUGUGAAGAUUAUGGGUAUGCCUUUAUUCGGUUUGGAGUGCGGAUGUGUAAGGAUACUCCAACUGCUGGGUCCAAAGUAAAGGUGAAAAAGGGAGUUGGGAUAGGGAUAGGGAUAGGGAUUGGAGAUGAGAUUGUGAGUGUUAUUGAUGGGAAUGAAAUGGAUUGUGAUGGUGCACUUGUUGGAUCGUACAUGGCACGAGUGGCUGGAUUGACGAAGGGAUACCGGCACGUGCCUUUACGGGACCCGGUUCGAGGGGAGUAUAAGCGAGCGCGGCUGUUUGUGCGGCUGUGGCAAGAGGAGGAGGAUACUGAUGGUAAAUGGAAAGAGGUUACUAAGUAA